CCGCCACCAUAGCUUGCUAUUAUGGAUCGGUAUCGGAGCAUAAAGUAUCCUGUUUGGGUAAAGUACAACGGUGAAGUUUCAAAAAUAUUAGUGGAGGAUGAGGAAUCAAUCGUUAAUCAAUGCUGGGAAAAAAUUUCAGCUAAUUCUCGGGUGAAACAGACAGCAAAGUUUAACGGGAGGAGUCUGGACUAUGAAGAAAAGGUCGUAUCUUUAAAUACAACUGAAGACAAUCCAAUGGAAUUUUUCAAAGGAGACAAUAUAAUGGCUCACGGACUUCCACCUAUGACACAAUGUGGCUGCAAUUCAGCUUACACCACUCCUGAUCAUGAUCCAGCAAAACUCAUUGAAUGUAACUGGCCUAGUAGAAUAGAGAGGGUGAAAAUAACAGGAAAACGUCAAUCGUUAUUAUGGAUGGAGCACAAUAUGCAUAAUCUGACUUGGAGUUCAGAGGGUUGCUUAGUUCAAUACGUGAGACGGAUUUUUUUGUAUGAUAUUAUAGUGGAAGUAGGGAUGCCUUUUUUAGAAUCGUUAGAAUGUGAGGAAGAAAUGUCAUUAUUUGAUCCACAAAGAAUCAACAUAAUUGCUAUACGUAUGUUUGGGGUUCCGAUUGGUGUAGUGGUAGUCAAGAAGCCAGGGUCAUCCAGUAGAAGAAGCUUAGAUGAUGAAAAAGUUAUUGGCCAGAUCUACGAUUACCUUAAGUACAUUAAAACAUACACGGGAAGCCGUCAUCCUAUUGGUAUCCUCACAAGUUAUUAUAACUGGCGUGUCGUUUGGUUAUCUGAAAGUAAUGGAUUUGCAAGUUCACCCACACCAUCUUAUCAUCAUAGUUCUGGAGUAAGAAAUCCUUCAUAUAAAAUCACAACUGAAGUACCCGACUGGAGCAAGAGUCAAGAGGCAUUCGUAUGCUCAGUUUAUGGUCAACAAUCUUCAGGGUCGUUUGCAGAACGGAAACUAAUUGGAACACCGCUCAUUAAAUGGAAUGAUCCUGACUUGCUUCAUUUUCUCAUCUCUGCCCUUUUUAAAAUGACAUUAUCACCAGUAGAUUCUGUUCAGUUGUCUACUUUUGACAAGGGAAGGUCUUACAUUUACGUAAGAAAAGAAGAGUGGUCCUGGGAUGAACCCACUCAAGAGGGUAGUCUUAGAUAUUGUGAUAAUCGAUUGCCACAGUUUCAAAAUGUAGAUCUGUUUCUUCUUGCUGAUCUUGGUGGUGGUGCAGAUGGGAGAGUAUGGCUCGCAGCAACUAUGAAAGGGGAAGUGUUUGUCAUUAAAUUUUCAAAAGAUGAAGUAAUACUUGAGCAAGAAGCAGAUAUCUGGAAAAGAGUUUGGAGAUGUGAUGCUAGAGUUCUGAGGCUGAAUGGUCGUUAUGGACUGGCUAUGCCAUGGGUGAAACCAUGUGAUGAAGCUGACUUUGAGAAUAAGGAGAUCCAAGAAGCCAUUAAAGAGUCAGUCAGGACACUUGCUAGUGCUGGAUAUAGGCACGAUGACCUCAGGCGCCGUCACGUGGGAUUGUAUAAGACUGGCUCAGUCUAUAAAGCUGUUCUCUUUGAUUUGGCCCAUGUUUUAAGUGUCAAUAAAGAGGCAGUGGAGGAAUCAGUAGUGAUAAUGAUGAAGGACUUGAGCAUAAAUUUGUGACAAUUAAUUAAUGUUUAUGUAUCAUUAUAUGCAAUAGUUAUUUCAUGUUCUUGAGACUUUCAUUUAUGUUAGUUUGUUGCUGCACUAUUGGUCACAGCAUGCUCAUCCU